CACAUGUCCUUUUCGGGAAGAAAGAAAUGCCAAUACAAAUAUUUCUAAAACGUAAAAAACUUAAUUCAAGACACAUUUAUAAUACAAACUGUGUUUUUUAUGUUGGUUAGGCUUAGCCACACCAUUGCUAUUUAAACAUGGGCAGGUAAACACUAUUUUAAGGUAAUAUUUAUUCCAUGACACAGUUCAAUUUGACAACAAAUGUCCCAGCUAAUGCAAAGGUCUCUGCCUUGAAUCACUGAUUUAUGUCCAUGAUAGCGGCCCACUCUCCACUAUGUUGCUAUGUAGAGAGCCAUCAUCUCAGUUUGUUCGGGGACAGAUAUCUCAAGCCAUCCAUUAGGAAACACUUUGCUAAAUCCAUGGCAAUAAAAAGGGACAUAAAAGAGCAAUUCAUUCUCGUUAACAUUUAAGAAAACAUCCUUAAUCAGUGACAAUGGCUUAGAUUCCCACACAUAUCCCUAAAUGACCAGGUGGACAUCCGUUGUUGAAGCGCAUGAUGGUAACCAGAGAUAGGAAGAUGUGUGACGUCACAGUAGACUCUGUAUAAAAAGGGUUGAUCUGGAUCAGGUUUUCUGAAAAGAAACAACAUGAGAUCUGUACUCCUGCUUGCGUUGCUGCUGUGCACGGUGUGUGUGGCGCAUGUUCAGACGCAGGACAACAAAAACACACUGAGGCUGUGUGGCCGGGCGUUAAUGCGGGCAGUGGUGUACACCUGCGGAGGAUCCAGGUGGAGAAGAGUGACGGGGGGAGAGGAGACUUUGCAAGACGGUCGCAGAGAGCCAGAACUGAAGAGGACAGAUAAUGACCGUCAGUGGCGGGACCUAAACCAGGCGCUAAUAACAGUGUGCUGCCAAGUAGGCUGUCGAAAGAGUGACCUCUCCAUGCUCUGCUAGAGGA